GAGGCGCGACAGUCCGGGAAUAGAGACUGUCCGGUCCAGGUUGAGCAACUGAGCAAGCGGCUGUGUUUACCUCCCUUCCCUUAGCACGUGUUGUAAACAGAGACAUUUAAACGCAGGAGUGCUGGGAUUCUGCAGCCAUGCCCACCCAAGCUGAAAUAUUUGCAGAACUGGGCAUCCCCAGCGACGUGGUGUCAGCAGCAACAGCGGGUAGUGGUGGUGGUGGCCUGUCUGGGAUCAGUGGUGAUGAUCUUGGCAAUGAUCCCACCAUGGAGGGGCUGUGGGCCAUGAAGGCCAUGGAGCACGCUGAGAUAUACUUCAAUCUUCUGUGUGCAGUCGAUCCUAAAAUGCUCAAGCUUACUCCUAAAGAUGACCUCAUCUAUCAGGAAUUCAGGAAAGAGUUUCCAGACUUCAAUAUUGAAAAGCUGAACGAGGAAGAUCUCAAGAGUCCUACAGCCAAAGAGAAAUGGCGGCCUUUCUGCAUGAAGUUUGAGAAGGAGGUGGAGGACUACAGUUUUGCCACACUGGUGCGCAUUGACUGUCAGGAUGAAUAUACGGAACCCAACACCAUCCUGGUCACACGCAUUCAGUUCUUUUGCAUUGAGAUUGCCCGGAACCGUGAGGGUCUGAAUGAUUCCAUCAGGACCAAAUUUAAACCCAAGCCACGCACCAAGAAUACCAACAAAUAGCAAUAUGUGUGUUAGCAGCUUAAUCUGUCUGGGUGUCAGUAUGUUUGGUUGGUAUGCUUGGAAUUCAUUGUUUGCUGAUGCAAAGUUCAGUAUGCUUUAGUGUGUGUGUGUGUGUGUGUGUGUGUGUGUGUGUGUGUGUGUGUGUGUGUGUGUGUGUGUGUGUGUGUGUGUGUGUGUGUGUGUGUGUGUGCACAUGCAUCUAUUGAUUUUUUAUAUUAUAUCUCUCUGUCUUAUAUAUCUGUGUAUAUACAAGACUGACUUUGCUAUAAAUGCAGGUUGCCAAGAAGAGAUGUCCACUGAUGUACAUUCACAUUCACAAGCAUUUCUUCAUAUCUCAAAAAUAUAUAUGUAUUUUACCUGACUAACAUUCUGGGACUUUAGUUAGUUUCAAGUGCUUCAGAAUUCUGACAUCUAUGAGUAUAUAUCUAUUUACUGAUAUCCCUGGAACUCCAUAAAGGAGUUGGCUGCAAUAUUGAAACAGUCCAAUAUUUGUGGUUCCUGAAAUGUUACUAAUUUUUCCAACCACAUUGUAAAGUCCUUAGUGUUCACAGGGUUUCACUGUGUAGCCUUGUGCCAAAUGUUUCAAUUCCAAUUAUUCAUCAGUGGCAUAAACUGUUCACAGUGUGUUUUUUUUUUCUUUUUUUUUUCUACUUUCAUGGCAUUGUUGACCUUCCUUAUAAUUCAAUCUUACUUUGUGGAAAAAAAAUCUCAAGGAAAGAUUUCAGCACUGAACUUUACUGGAGAAAUGCAGGAAAGUGUAAUGCUUUGACCAUUAAAAUUAAAAUAAGCAA